CAUAGGCAACACUAGAGAGAACAAAAGAUGGUGAAGAAAUAAGUGCUGAAAUUAAUAAUCCCUGACCAGAGGAGUUAGUUGUGGACUUCAACUCCAACAACCCAGAGAAAAGAGAACCCUCCCAGCAGCUGCACUCUCUCUCAACAAAAUCUGUCGCCCUUCAUCUUUCUAGGGUUUCCGUAAUUUCUAAUGAAAAGCAACUUCAUUUUUUUCUCGUUUCAUUUGUUGUUUCUAUUUGCUUGUCAUUUGCUUCAGCAAGGUGCUUCCAGCUCUGUCUUCAAAAAUUCAUCAGAUGUGCAAUUGGAAAAAGAAGGCUCCACUAAAGGAGUGUGUCCAUCAGGCUGGGUUUUAAACCCAAGUAAGAAAAAAUGCUUUGGGUACUUUCCUAGUUCUCUAUCAUGGGAUGAUUCAGAGAGCAUAUGUAAAGAAAACUAUGGACACCUUGCAGCAGUGACAUCAUUUGAAGAAUUGAAUUUGGUUAAAAAUCUGUGUCAUGAUGCCGUCACUAAUGGCUGUUGGGUUGGAGGAAGGGUCGUCAAUGGCACUACUGUUGGUUCCAAUGGUUGGAAGUGGUCUGACAAUACAACUCAAUGGUGGAAUCAAUCAAACGUCACACUUUAUAAUGUGCAUCCAAAUUCAAGUCUGUGUACUCUUGUAAGCAACAAUGUGACCAUGAUGAUGUUGAUAGCCGAACAAUGUAAUGCUUCACAUCCACUAUUGUGUAUGCGCGAUCUAGUUGUUUCAGAGAACAAGUGCCAUUAUGGUAUACAGUGCCACCAGGAGUAUCUUAUUAUCCUUGCAGUUGUGAGUGGUCUUAUUCUGUGCACAACACUAGCUGUGGUAGUGUGGCUUCUUGUAUAUAGGCGGAGUAAGAGGCGCAAAAGAUCUAGAAAACUUUGUAACCCGGCUGCUUCUGCUGCAUUAGUUACCAGUAGUCCCUCAUGGAAAGUUUUCACCAGUGAAGAGCUUAAAUCAAUAACAAAGAAUUUCAGUGAAGGGAAUCGCCUUGUUGGAGAUGCAAAAACGGGGGGUACAUAUAGUGGGGUUCUACCAGAUGGAUCAAAGGUGGCGGUUAAGAGGUUGAAACGAUCUGGUUUCCAGAGGAAAAAAGACUUCUUGUCUGAAGUGGGAAGGGUUGGUAGGCUUCAGCACGAGAAUUUAGUAGCUGUGAAAGGAUGCUGUUAUGAUCAUGGAGAUCGAUAUCUUGUUUAUGAGUUCAUAGCAAACGGUCCCUUGGAUAGAUGGUUACACCAUUUUCCCAAAGGAGGAGGGGGUGGUGGUGGUAGGAGCUUGGAUUGGACAGUCAGAAUGAAAAUCGCAACAACUCUUGCACAAGGAAUUGCAUUCCUGCAUGAUAAUGUGAAGCCACAAGUUGUCCAUAGAGAUAUCCGGGCAAGCAAUGUGCUGCUUGAUGAGGAAUUUGGGGCGCAUGUAAUGGGAGUGGGGCUUGCAAAGUUUGUGCGUUGGGAAGUGAUGCAGGAGAGAAUUAGCGUGAUGGCAGGGGGAACAUACGGUUAUCUAGCUCCAGAGUAUGUUUACAGAAACGAGCUAACUACAAAGAGCGAUGUAUACAGCUUCGGGGUUCUCCUUUUGGAAAUCAUCAGUGGAAGGAGGCCGGCACAGGCUGUGGACUCAGUUGGGGGGCAGCAGCAACAACAGAGUAUAUUCGAGUGGGCAACACCGCUUGUUCACUCACAUCGAUAUCUCGAUCUCUUGGAUCCCCUCAUCAUAUCAUCUUCAUCACCAUCACAAAAGGACCACCUUCCUCAACCUGGACUCAUUCAGAAGCUAGUGGACCUUGUCUAUGCUUGCACUCAAAAUGUGCCAUCCAUGCGCCCUAGGAUGUCCCAUGUUGUUCAUCAGCUGCAACAAUUAUUAUUAUCAUCUAAUUAGCUAGCUAGGUAUGCUACCAUUCAUUAAUUUCAGCAAGCAAACAAACCAUGGAUUGAGGAUUGAUUGCCUAAUAAUUAAUGCCUAGCUACGUCCUUCAUAUGCGAUCAUGAUUGAGAGAAUUGUAAUGUUAUUGAACACAGAAAUGUAAUUAGGAGGAACAGACUACAAUUAAUUAUAUGGCUGCAUGAAGCCAUGAAUCAUGAUGAUCCUCCCUUGGAGUUGGGACUCAAUGACUGAGUCAUGAUUGAUUGCAUAUUCUUUCAAUAUUAUAUUAACCAAACAUA